AUGUAUGCAGCAGAUAAUGUAAUUAUAGAAGACAACAUCAAUGAAGAAAGAGAUGAAGAUGCUGCUAUAAAAGAUUUCAAAGCUUAUGGUGAUGUUUUAAUCUUUGAUACAACAUACAGAACAAACAAAUAUGGGUUGAUAUGUGCUCCAUUUGUUGGUAUAAACAAUCACUGGAGAACAACAAUGUUUGGAUGUGCAUUCAUAACUGAUGAAAAGGCUGACACAUUUGUUUGGCUUCUUUCAAUUUUCAAAAAGUCAUUGUGUGGAAUAGAACCAAAAUCAAUCUUCACUAAUCAGGAUCUUGCAAUGAGUAUGGGUGAAAGUUCGGUUUAUCCAAAUUCAAGACAUAGAUUAUGUCUAUGGCAUUUGCAAAAGAAUUUUGUGUCACACUUUGGAACUCUAAAAACCAAUCCUGAAUUCAAAAAUAUAUUGCUGGCACAAGAUGUUUCAAAAACAUGGAUUAGAAAAAAAAAAGAAUGGUUUGACAGGUUAUACGGGCUACGAGAUAAAUGGUGCACAACAUUGAGCAAGGACAUUUUCUCAGCUGGAAUUCUUUCAUCUCAAAGAGUAGAAGUAACAAACAGAGCAAUUUCAUUUAAGCCCAACAGAACCACUAAGCUUUUAGAGUUCUUUCACAUAUUUGAAGCUACUGUGAAAAGAUGGAGAAGUACUGAAAAGAGUGACAACUUCAGAUAUACUACUGAGAAACCAAGAACAACAACAAAAAUAUUAAAACAUGCAGCUGAAGUUUAUACUCUAAACUUAUACAAGGAUUUUAAGUUGGAAUUUGAUACAAGUCUAGGAGCAUAUGCAAGAGAAAAGACCACUUCAAUGCAAUAUGUUAAAUUCUUUGAUGUUUCUCUAGAUGAAGAUAAUAAGCACACCUAUCAAGUAAUAUAUUACACUCUAAACCAUGAGUUUAUGUGUUCUUGUAUGUGCUUCACAGAGACUGGAUUGUUGUCCUUUCACAUCCUCAAGAUAAUGCAAAUGUACAGCAUACAUGCUAUACCAGAGAGAUACAUUCUGAAACGCUGGACAAAGCUUGCUAAAUCAAUGAUAUGGGAUGAGAAUGAAUCAGUUUAA